UGACUUCUAAGAAUCAAACACGAUGUCUCUGGAUAAAUGGUACAGAAGAACAAAUAAAUGAUGCUAGGCAGAGAAUUGAAAAGUUAAUAGCUCAAAGCACAGAAUCUGAAAUUCAGGAUCGAGUACAACAUGGACAUAGAUUGGAACAUGAAACACAAUCACGGAACAAGUAUGUAAAAGAACCUGUUGCAGAAAAAAAGAAAAACAUUUGUUUUGUAAAACCAAAACAAAUUCUAAGGAAAACCAAGAUGAAAGUUGAAACCACAAACGAUGGAGCUAAUGUCACGAAGAGUAAAAUUGUAGAUGACAGUCUGUUAAAACCAUUAGUGAUGUAUGCUUCGAGUGAUGAGGAAGAAGAUGUUACCAUAGAUACAAAAUAAAGAUAGCAUUAUGGGAUGUUGGGAAAGAUUUAAUAAACACACUGAAAAAUUUGAGUGACUGUUUGAUUGUAGUUUCGUGGUAAGAAAAAUAUGACACCUGAACAUUCGGAAGGAACUUGAUUAUUAUAUACCGUAUAUAUAUAUAUAAAAUAUGUUUCUCACUUUUUUGUCCAUUUCAGUUUUAUUAUCACUAGAGUGAUUUAUAACCUAUGUUUCUUGGAUGUCUAUAAUAAAUAUUAUUACAAAUCUAACACCACUGGAGUGAGUAUUACACGUAAAUGUAAUACCAUUGAAUACAU